ACGAAAUGCGAACAAGGCAAAUAAGGGAUCGUCACUCUACGAUCUCACAUAAGGCCCUAUGAGAUCGGACCAGCUUUUGCAUCCCUAGACACCCAUAACGAAGCAAAGUCAACGUUUCAACUGCGAGUCAUCGAUUGCCUCCUUUCAGACUUGCCCGUCAAUACGGAAGACUGCAGACACCAUGGAUCUGUUCAUUGAGAGGAUUACCAUCAUAUUCCCGGGCAUAGCUUUCGUAGUAAUCUUUGGUUACUUGACCACACUUUUGCGGAGUACGCUUCGACAGUCAAGAGGAAAGAGCCGUGAAUGGUACCCCUCAUUUUUCUUGCACCCACUCUCGAAUGCGUCCUCAGCAAAAUCUACACACCAAGCUGAGAGACCCUCGCACGCCUCUUCCCCGGUCUCGCAGAGCUCGCAAUGCGAGACAACAGACCUUUACAAGGAACUAUACUACAAGUUACAAAAUCUUGAAACUUUUCCGGACAUACUUCCUAAGGCGAAAGAUACGCUGGUUUCUAUGUUCGCAGAGGCGCUAGCCAGUGCAAAUCCGGACGACGGCAUUUUGUCUGUCAAAGAAUACUCCAGGGAUGCGCUAGCAUCUUUUCUCCAGGAAAAGGAAAAUAGCAUUACGGAGCGAUGGCAGCAAUACAUCGCGAGAAGAAACGCUGGGGCUCCACGCGAGCUAUUUGAGGACGCAGUGCAGGCGAGCUGGUGGCUAAAGCAGAGCUCGCCGGUCCGCUACGUCGACGGUGCCUGGCUAGGGCACAUCAACAAGAUAUCAACUCCUUUCAACCUCCGUUCAAUCACGAAGCACGCAUGGCAAGUCUUAUCCGAAGAACUCGGAGAUGGCGACCAAGCAAAGAAUCAUGUUCAUCUUUAUCGUGAAUUAAUGAGAGAAAUCGAGGCCGGUUUACCAGAUGGAGACAGUGAAGACUACAUCCAUCCCAAAACCGGACUUGAUCAGCCUCGGGUUUGGAAAGCCGCAGUCUCUCAGUUGCUUAUAUCUCUAUUUCCUCACGAGUUUUUGCCUGAAAUCUUAGGAUUCAAUCUGUCGUUCGAGGGAAUCACAAUGGAGACUCUUAUGGCUUCCAAGGAGUUGGAGGAGCUGAAGAUCAACCCAUAUUAUUUUGUCUUACAUGUAACGAUUGACAACGCUGAUUCAGGCCACACUGCAAUGGCACUACAUGCAACUGCGGAAUACGUAGAGCAUAUUCGACACACCCAGGGCGAAACAGCAGCACAGCAAGUCUGGAAGCGCGUCCAGACUGGGUUUGUCCUGUCUGAGAGCCUUCCUACUACACCAGUUUUACGGCCAGCUCAAGCGCAAGAGUCCAAGCUCGACAAUCCUUGGGCUUACAGAGUGGCAAAGAUAUUCAAGGCAAAAGCUGUGGUCGCACAUAAAAUUCAUUGCAACACGAGCUUCAAAAUUGGUCGUCGAACUUUGGUCGAUUGGUUAGAACCUGCUGCGUUUGAAUCUCCGCAAUGGCAAAAAGAAUUCCUCGAUGCUUUGAGCAAUAGAAAACCAUGGGUCUAUAAAGGGGACAGCAACAGAAGCAGACUAGUGCAAGAGCUGGGUUGGGGCGGAAAAAUGUUCGGAUCUUUCACCCGUGAAGAGAUUGAAGUGGUGAAGCAAUGGAUCGAUUCCCUCGCCGCCCCUAACCCCCAUAAUUACUGGUCCUUUAUAGGCUGCGCCCCGAACGCUUUGACAGAAUCUCAAAAACUCGACAUCUUUAUGGACUAUCCAGUAUUCUCACCUUCGACGUCUCCUGCUGGCCAGUUGCUGCCAUUGAGCCAUUUGAUACUGGAUCAGUCGCUUCAGGCCGAACUCCUAAUGACCAGCGAGAUUGACAUGCAAAAAUUCUUACCGCUUUGGUUUGCGCAUCCAUGUCUUCUGGAAUCAUUCAUUAGCGUUCCUUUCGAAGCUUCUGGCUCAGCAAUGUCUUCAAUCACGCGCCUUCUGCGAGCACAGUUUGGGUUUGGUAUUGAAGGACCUUGGGUAGAUGGCAUGGACGAAAUUCGACGAUCGGGUAGCAUCGGUCUCGUCGAAAUUGGCUUGGAAAUAGUCAAAAGAGCGGACGAAAUUCCCAUUCCAGGGUCACUGAAAGAUGUCAUGGAAAAUGGAGAUGCCGAGUUUGCCACGACGAUGUUAGACCUUUCAAUGCGCCCCAAAGCUAAUGCAGCAGUCCUACUGGGCCUUACCUCGUCAUUCAUUGAUCUACAUGCCGCAAUUGCAGUUUCAUCGCUAGACCUGCUCUCGCCGGAAAGCAAAGAGCUUCUUGGACAAAUUUCAUGUCGGGAGCGCGCAGCACUCGAGUCUUGCUGCGAGAGCUUGCUCAAUUCUAAAAAGAUAGCCGCAGAGGGCUUCAAUGAGGGCUAUAUGCUGGGUAGGAUGAAGAUUAGGGAAUGUUUUGAGAUCCCGGAGGUUUAGUCAUAUGGAGCAUGUGAGGGGGAAAAAAAAAAUUUGAGACAUUUGUAUACUUGUUCUGGACAUCCUUUGAGGUCACGGAGGUGCCGUUGAAGGAGAUGAGAAAAGCGCGACAAAGUUCUUUUUCCGCAAAUCAUUUUGGUUUUCAUGCAAAUACGUUUGAACAAAAUGCUUGAAGCAGCCUUUCAAUCAUUCCUUUCAUUGUUUGUUGUGGGAUCUAUUUAACGUUGCAUUGAUAGGAUGGCCAAAUUGAUCAAAAUGCAUGGGUUCCUUUCUGAGUGGAGCUUUAGAGUCGAACAAUAUGCCUUUAAUACGAAGCUCCAGCUAGACAAAUGGGCUC